AUGUCUACGCUACUAAUCGGAGCUCUUGCUUUGGCUAUCGUUUUUAGAUAUCUUUAUAGGGGGCUUCUAAACCCUCUGUCUCAUAUCCCAGGACCCCCGUUAUCACGAUGGACCGACAUUGCUGUGAGCUACUACUGGUUAAAGGGCAAAAAGACGGUUUAUGUCGAUGAACUACAUAAACAAUACGGCCCUGUCGUCCGCAUCGCCACAAACGAAGUCGACAUUUGCGAUGUCGGCGCAGCAAGAGCAAUUCAUAGAACAGGCGGUCGAUUCAUGAAAUCAGAAUGGUAUAGACUUCUGAUCCCACGCCCUUUCGAGAAUGUUUUCUCUACGCCUGACCCUCAUCUUCAUUCCUCUCGACGACGUCUGCUUGCUUCGCCACUUUCGGAUACGUCCCUGACGCGAUUCGAGCCUCAGAUUCGGCACAUGGUGCAGCUUGCAAUUAGCCAAAUGUCGUGCGAAAUGAAAGUCAAGGGCUCAGUGGAUGUGUUCAAGUGGUGGCUAUUCAUGGCUACGGAUAUUAUAGGAGAGUUGAGCUUUGGUGAAUCGUUUCGGAUGUUGGAAAAUGGAGAGAAAAAUCAAUACAGCCAUGAUCUGGAAUACCUAGGCUCAUUAGCACCUAUACGGACAACAUUUCCCUCCCUCAUCAAGAUCGGCGCUAUUCUCCCUCUACCUAUCUUUAGUAAGGCCGUUCAGGCAGGAACAAGAGUCCACGAAUAUGCACGAGAGUCAGUUGCGCGCCACAAGUCGCUCGUCGCUAAGGAUUCAUCGAACGCCAAAAGUACACUAUUCACAAAACUGGACGACGCAGGCGAAAAAGGCCUUUCGGAGCAUGAGACCUGCAGCGAGGCGCGGGGGUAUAUCGUGGCCGGCAGCGAUACGACCGCAGUAACACUCACCUACCUUGUGUAUGCGGUAUGCCGGGACAGUCAUAUCCGUGAUAGGCUUGUUUCAGAAUUGAUGAGUCUUCCCGAAGACUUCACCGAUAGACAUGCCCGCAAUCUACCAUACUUGAAUCAAGUAAUCAAUGAGACAUUGAGACUCUACACGGCUGUUCCGGGCGUGUUGCCGAGAGUCGUCCCGGAAGAGGGUGUUCAGUUGGCCGGAUUCAACUUCCCUCGAGGGACGAUCGUGUCAACGCAGGCAUAUAGCAUGCACCGAGAUGAGGAUAUCUUUCCCGAACCGCUCACUUUCAAUCCAGAACGGUGGGCUGCGCCCACCAAGGCGAUGAAGGACGCAUCAUUACCAUUCGGAGGUGGAUCUCGCAGUGAGUAUCUUGCAAAAACCAAUCGAUUCAUUGAAGUAGAAGCUAACAAUAGUGUUCGUGUUGAAAAAGUAUGCCUUGGAAUCCAUUUGGCUCGAAUUGAACUGCGGCUUGCCACAUCUCUAUUUUUCCGCGCCUUCCCUUCGGUAAAGAUGUCGACCCAUGAAGGAAUGUGUGACGAUGAUAUGGAAAUGGCAAGCUAUUUCUUGCUUUCCCCUAAGGGACACCAGUGUCUUGUUGAAUUAUGA